AUGCUCUACCACAGCAGCCGCCUCGUCCGCGCCGAGCUCCGGCGGUUCCGCGAGCGGCAGCGGGAGACGCUCGAGGCGGGGCUCGACGCGAUCCUCGACCGGCGCGCCGCGGCCCGCGGGUCGUCGCUCCUCGGCGAGGCGCCGCCGGCCGCCGGCGACGACGACGACCGGAGCUCGACGUCGACGAACCCGUUCGUCGUCGACGACGACGACCGCGCGCGGGACCUGCCGUCGCUGCCGCGCAAGGCGGAGGCGGAGCGCAUCGACGUCGGCUUCGCGGACCUCGGCCUCGAGGUCCGCGCGGAGGGGCGGCGCCUCCGGGUCCUCGACGGCGCGACGGGCGACGCGCGGUCGGGCCGCGUCCUCGCCGUCAUGGGCCCGUCGGGCGCCGGCAAGACGUCGCUGCUCUGCGUGCUCGCGGGCCGCGGCGACGUCCGCGCGUCGGUGAGCGGCGCGCUUUCCGUGAACGGCGAGACGACGCCGAGCCUGCGCGGGCUGCGGUCCGUGAUCGGCUUCGUUCCGCAGGAGGACACGAUGUGCACGGAGCUCACCGUCAACGAGAUCCUGCUCUUCAGCGCGGCGACGCGGCUGCCCCGCGCCUCGUCCUCGGCGUUCCGGCGGGCCGUCGUCCGCGACGUGCUCCGCGUGCUCCGCAUCGAGCGCCUGCGGCACGCCGUCGUCGGGGACGCGGUGCGGCGCGGCAUCUCCGGGGGGCAGCGGAAGCGCGUCAACGUCGGCAUCGAGCUCGUCGCGGACCCGACGCUCUUAUUCGCCGACGAGCCGACGAGCGGGCUGGACUCCGCGACGUCUCUGGACGUCGUCGGCGCGCUCCACGCCAUGGCGCGGCGCGGCUCGACCGUCGCCGUCGUCCUCCACCAGCCGUCGAUGCAGAUCUACACGCUCUUCGACGACGUGCUCCUCCUCGCGCCGGGCGGGCGCACGGCGUACCUCGGCGCGCCCGGCGCCGCGUCGGCCUGGUUCGAAAAUCUCGGCUUCGGCGUGCCGCCGGACUGGUCGCCGCCGGACUUCUUCAUGCAGAUUUUAGCGCUC